AUGUUCGAGAAAUUAAUUAGUGAGCAUGAAGAACGUAGUCUUAUUGGUUCUCAAAAGUCCGAUGAAAUGGAUUUCAUUGAUGUAUUAUUGUCACUAAAGCACCAAUAUUCAAACACCCAUGAGGAGUUGUCCUAUACAAUUGAUAGGUCUAGCAUGAAGGCCAUUUUACUAGAUAUGGUAGCAGGCGCCAUUGACACUGCAAAAACAUCCAUUGAAUGGAUUUUAGCUACACUUAUCAAACACCCGAGAGUGAUGAAGGAACUCCAAAAAGAGUUGAAGACUGUGAUUGGAGAUACACAAGUGGUUGAAGAAACAGAUUUGACAAAGUUAAGUUACUUGCACAUGGUAGUUAAGGAGACUUUUCGGCUUUAUCCCGUUGCUCCAUUUAUGAUUCCUCAUGAAUCAAUGGAGGAUAUUGUUAUUAAUGGCUACAAUAUUCCUAAGAAGACACGAGUUCUUAUAAACUAUUGGGCAUUUGGACGUGACCCAAAAGUUUGGUCUGAAAACUGGGAGGAAUUUCUUCCAGAAAGAUUUCUUAAGAGAGAUAUUGAUUUCCGUGGACCUGAUUGUCAGCUUAUACAAUUUGGCAUAGGAAGAAGAGGAUGUCCAGGAAUGAAUUUGGGGUUGCUGAACAUUGGCUUGGUGAUUUCCAACAUAAUACAUUGUUUUGAUUGGGAGCUACCAAACGGCAUGUCACCAAGUGACAUGGAUAUGAAAGAAAAGUUUGGAUUAACCAUCCCUAGGGCUGAGCCUUUAUUAGCCAUUCCAACAUACCGUACCUGA